AUGAGUGUACCAAACUUCGCUGUAUCUGAGCUGUUCUCUGUCAAGGGUCAGGUAGCCGUUGUUACCGGCGGUGCUACCGGGCUUGGUUACGCGAUGGCGGCCGCCCUGGUCCAGAACGGUUGCAAGGUGUACAUCUCUUCGCGGAAGGAGUCUCAGUUGAGAGAAGCUGCAGAGAAACUCAAUAAACUCGGUCCAGGAACAUGCUAUUAUUUUGCCACCAAUCUACUGACAAAAGCUGGGUGCGAAGCGCUAGGGGAUCACAUCAAAUCUCGAGAAUCAAACGUUCAUAUCCUCAUCAACAACUCCGGCGCCACUUGGGCAGGUCCAUGGGACAAUUUCCCCGAAAAAGGAUGGGACAACAUAAUGGCUCUCAACGUGAAAGCCAUCUUUUACGUUACCGCUUCCCUGACACCAGCCCUCAUCAAGGACAAAACAGCACUUGCUCCCGGACGAGUAAUUAAUAUUUCCUCCGUCGCCAGUUAUGAAACCCAAGUGGAGGAUUCUGUCCUGGCGCCCAAAGGAGUAGGGUUCUAUUCAUACGCCGUGAGCAAAGCGGCUGUGAACCAUCUCACGAAGCUCCAGGCCGUAAAACUGGCACCGCAUCACGUCACCGCGAACGCCAUACUGCCAGGGAUGUUUCCUACGAAAAUGACGGAUUAUUCAUUCUCUCAGAAUUCUGAUGCUCUCACGCAAAGCCAACCAACAGGACGAGCGGGAAUUCCCCAGGACAUUGCUGGCACACUACUGUAUCUCGUCAGUCCAGCAUCAGCGCACACCACUGGAGCGCUUGUUCCCCUUGAUGGAGGAAAACAGGUUUCCGGGAUAGUGUUCUCGGCUAGAGAGAACGUUCCAACGAAGCUUUGA